AUUCGGUUAUUCAGGAAGGCUUUGGAAAAAUGGCGGCCCCCAUGACUUGGAAUAGAGUGGUGUACUCUGUGUACACUCCGGCUGUGUUUGGGGUUUUCACCAGGAUUUCAGACAGAUUUGUGAGGACACACGACAGGAGACGAGGGUCCUCCUUGCUCCUCCUGGCUCCUCUCCUGGCUGAGGCAGACCCCACACUAGCCUCCUCCAGGCCCCCAGGCUCUACUGGAGCUGCAAGGCUCCAUUCUCGCUUCCACUGGAUCGCUGACCAUGUGCCUGCCUUCAGAGUGCCUGGGGGCCGCAUCCACAUCCUGCACACCCCUGAUGAGUUUUAUCAGGCUAUGAAGGCUCGUAUCAAGACAGCCAAGAGACGAGUGGUGUUGGCAUCCUUGUAUCUUGGCACAGGACCACUAGAACAAGAUCUUGUUAAUUGUAUGGAAGAGGCGCUUAAGCGCUCUCAGGAAGAUACAGCUGCCGAUUUAAAAGUGUCUGUACUACUGGACUACACCAGAGGAUCAAGAGGAAAGAAUAAUUCUCGUACGAUGCUGUUGCCAUUGCUGCAGCGUUUCCCAGAGCAGAUGAGGGUGUGUCUGUACCACACUCCAGACCUGCGGGGUCUGCUGCGCCUUUUAGUUCCUGAACGCUUCAACGAGACUAUUGGUGUGCAGCAUAUCAAAGCCUACCUGUUUGACGACAGUCUGAUCAUCAGUGGAGCGAAUCUGAGCGAUUCGUACUUCACUAAUCGUCAGGAUCGCUAUGUGCUGUUGGAAGAUUGCAGAGAGGUGGCGGAUUUCUUUGCUGAGCUGGUGCGAGCUGUGGGUGAUGUGUCACUGCAGCUGGGCCCUGAUGAUACUGUUCACAUGAAGGAGGGAAUGGUUCACCCCUACAAAGGUAACCGCUUGGAAUUCUCAGCCUCAGCACGGCGGCAGAUUAUGGAAGUGAUGAACACUCCUAGGACCCAGCAGCACAUGCUGGAUUUGGAAUGCUCACAGGAUUCAGACUUGGAACUAGAAUGUGGAGAAGAGCGCAGUGACACAUGGGUCUUCCCUCUUGUCCAGAUGAAGCCUUUGGGCAUCCGACUAGAUGAGGAAGUAACACAGAGACUGUUGAGGGAGGCAGGUGGAGACACAGUUUACUUGACUUCAGGUUACUUCAACCUGACACGAACCUACAUGAAACUGGUGUUGGGAACUGCAGCAGAUUACCGCAUCCUCAUGGCCUCACCAGAGGUCAACGGGUUCUUUGGGGCCAAGGGGGUGGCAGGCGCCAUUCCUGAAGCCUACGUUCACCUUGCGCACCAGUUCUACAGAAAGGUAUGUGACCUAGGUCAACAGGGUCGUGUCCACCUACAUGAGUAUCAUCGCUCUGACUGGACUUUCCAUGCCAAGGGACUGUGGUACUACCUGGAAGGAAAACACCACCCCUGCCUCACUCUUAUUGGCUCUCCCAAUUUUGGUUAUCGCUCUGUUCACAGGGAUUUAGAGGCUCAGAUUGCCAUAGUAACAGAAAAUGAGGAGCUCCAGGCCCAUUUGCAAAAGGAGCAAGAGAUGUUGUACCAGAGGUCCACAGAGGUUUCAGGCUCCACCUUUAAGCAGCCUAAUCGCUAUGUUAAGUUAUGGGUGAAGCUGGUCACUCCUCUCAUUAAGAACUUCUUCUGAGAAUCCACAUGCCUGAGUUUCUGAUCUUCUUACAAUCCAUACCAGUUUUCAGGUUAGAGGUCCAAACAAGGAUGGGCCCUCGCAUGUGUGUCUUGUACACAGGGCACUCAUAUACAUUCUUGUUCUCCUGGCGGUCCACAAGGAUAGCUUUAAUGAAGAUGACGGGCAUGGCAGGCAUCUACUCCUUUAAACGGGCAUUCGCAAUCACACCUGACUGAGUGUCCCAGCGAGCUCCUGUGAAAAUAUUUUUACAACAAAGAUUUACUUUAUUUCCACCGUGUAAACCAAAGAGCACAGUCGAAGAUGCAGUCCAGAUGGGCUGCAGCACUGAAUUUAGUACUUUCCCUGUAAUGUCAGAGUGACUUGACAAUGAACAGAUGAGUUGAAUCAGCUGAGAGGAGCAGGGUAAGCACUAAGACUGUGCAGUACUCAUACAGUCCAGGACUGAGUUUGGACAUCCCUGCUUCAUUCAGAAAUGCCCCAGUGUGGUGGUGAUCUCUGAAGCUAACCUAACUUCCACUGUGUGUUAUUGUUCAUAGGUGUGUGUGUACAUUUGGCAUGUCCUUGGCUAAUGGAUGUGCAUAUGAAGGCAAGAUGGGUCACACUUGUAAUUUUCAUAGAAAUUUCUAAUUUUUGUUCUUUUAAAGUCAGCAUAUUUAUGAAAAGAUUCAGUGUGAGAAGUGGAGACUGUUUAGGCUCUGCUGAGCUGAGAAAUAAGAAAGUGUUAUAACCCUGUUACUGUCACCACUUCUUUCCUAUGCACUGGUUGUUUGGUACACAUCUGAUGAAAAUGUAUGUAAUACCUCAAAGAACAGACGGUAUGUCCGAAUGUCAGUGUUAUCGUUUUGUUUUCAUGUGUUUCAAAUGUGAGAAAAGCUGUGCAGUUUUAUUAAAUUGAAAGGGUUGAAUAAGGAGGUGCAUUUAAAUCAUUACAUCUAUAAGCUGUAAAGAAAGCAGUAAGUACAGCCUUAACGUACUUUUAUGCUCUUAUUCUUGUAUUCCGUGACUGUGUAAUUGCUUCCAGGCCUGGAUGUUGAAUUUAGGCACUUCAUCUGAAAAAGCAUGAAGUUUGAGGUGUAAAUGUUAUCCAUCACAACUACCUACAACAUAGACUGAGCAAACUUCAAAGACUGGCCAAGCUUUGCAAGUCCAAAGGAGGAAAAAAACUCCUAGAACACUCCCAGCCCUAAAAGGAAGUUCAGCACCUUUGACUUAAUGUGAGGCUGUAACGUGCUGAUGUGUAAGCUAUUACACAAGGUCUGUCCAGUCUUAUCCACAAAGGGCCUGUGUGGCUGCAGAUUUUCAUUUCAACAGUGCAGAAGAUCACCUGAUGAGAUCUUUGAAGACUGAGACAAUUAAGCAAGUAGAGUCAGCUGUGCUCCAGCUUGUUUGGAGUGAAAACCUGCAAACACACCAGCCCUUUGCAGAUAAAAUUGGACACCCCUGUAUUACACUGUUAUGACAGUGUGUAAAGAAUUGUCAUUUAAGGAUCAGUUUACAAAUGUUUGAAUAUUUAUUUAGUUUUUUUUAUUUUGAAAGCCUAGCUGUAUCGAACAUUUGCCUGUUUGUUGAAAGACUGGAUCCAGUAAGAGGGUUUUUAAAAUCUCAUUUAAAGUUGCUUUUUUUUCUUCUUCUUUGUUUUAGUGAGUCAGAGUUUGUUUGAGGGAGACCAAUAUGUAAGUGAGCAAUGUGCUGGAGAGCCAUGAAUCUGUGCAAGUCUAUAGCAACUGGUUUAAUGUUCUACUUGAAGCCUUGUCUUAGGCCAACUGGUCUAAGAAUUUCAGCCUUGAAAGUCAUAUUUCAUUCUUCAUGCAGUAUAUGAUUAGAUGUACUAGGUUUUCGUAGUAAAACUGUGUUUUGGUUCACUAGCUGCUGUUUUGAAAAAAUUAAAAAAUAAAGGUUUGGUAAUCACUUUGUGUGUUAUUCAGUCUACACCCCACUGUGAUAGGGUCCUAACAACAAACAGUAUACAUUCCUAUCAUUUCAGGAAAACAUGCAUC